AUGGGUUCCAAACAGAAUUUAUUUUUAGUGUUUCUCAUGAUUGUUAUAGCUGCCACAUUGGUCCAAGGCCAAGGGACGCGUGUUGGGUUCUAUUCACGCAGUUGUCCUCGUGCUGAAUCCAUCGUUAGGUCUACAGUUCAAUCUCAUUUCCGCUCCAAUCCUUCCGUUGCUCCUGCAUUGCUAAGGUUGCACUUCGAUGACUGUUUUGUCAACGGUUGCGAUGCUUCCAUCCUCAUCGAUGGGCCUAACACUGAGAAAACAGCUCCUCCAAACCUUGGUGUGAGAGGAUAUGAAGUUAUUGAUGACGCUAAGGCACGGCUUGAAGCCGAAUGUCCUAUCGUCGUCUCAUGCGCUGACAUUAUUGCCCUUGCUGCCCGUGAUUCUGUAGUUCUGGCAAACGCACCGAAUUGGCGGGUGCCUACAGGGCGCAGAGAUGGGAUGGUUUCCUCAGCAUCGGAUACUAUCACUUUAGUUGGUUUCAGGGAGUCCGUAGAUUCACAAAAGCGAAAGUUUGCUGCAUUUGGUCUAAACACUCAGGACCUUGUUACGCUCGUUGGAGGACACACCUUAGGAACCACAGCUUGCCAAUUAUUCAGUUACAGAUUAUACAACUUCACUACAACGGGCAAUGGCGCUGACCAAUCAAUCCACCCUGCAUUUGUCCCUCAGCUACGAGCACUUUGCCCACAGAAUGGUGAGGGAACAAGGCGUGUUGAACUUGACACCGGUAGCGUUAACAGAUUUGAUGCAUCUUUCUUUGGAAAUUUGAGGAAUGGCCGAGGAAUAUUGGAGUCGGAUCAAAAGUUAUGGACCGAUGCGUCCACUAGAACCAUUGUCCAACGCUACUUGGGUGUUAGAGGCUUGCGACCAUUGAAUUUCAAUGUUGAAUUUGGAAGAUCAAUCGUGAAGAUGAGCAACAUUGGAGUGAAGACAGGCUCUCAAGGCGAAAUUCGUAGGAUAUGUUCUGCAAUCAACUGA